AUGGACGAAUUUGAAACAAUAAAUCUGGACAGUAGAGCGUGCAAGAUUUGUAAGCAAGAAACUGGAGAAGAAUUAAUUUCUUGUAUUUUACACGAUCAGUUUUCUACUGCGGAAAAGAACAUCAUCUUUCCGACCGACUUUGGCGUUUCUUCAAUUGAGGAAGGCGAACCUUCAUUUGCUCAUCGGGUUUGUUUGGAGAGAUGGGACACAGUGAUGAAAAAUACUUACUUUCCUCAGCCAAAGAAAACUUGGAAAGAUCGACUCAAAGGUUUUAUAACCACUGGAUCUGCAAAUAACAAUGUUACAGAGACAUGGAGCCCAGUUGAUUAUAAUGUUGGGCCAGCUUCGGACCAACCGAUAUUGGAGUCUACUACAAUGCCAGAAAAGGCAAGAUCGUCCUAUUCUGUUUUUAGCGAGAGCAAAGAAGCUUAUCGAGUAGAAAAUGUGGGGGAAAGAGACACUGAACGUGGCCACUGGCGAAGAAAUAAGAUUCGCAUCUGUUCUGUUGACUCAGAAGAUGAAGUUGAAGAACGUGUUCUGUCGAGCAAAGGAAGUGUUUUUCGUCGCACAAGGACGGAACGUGAGUACAUAAGCUUAUGUUUUAUUUUUAUGCGUACUGACGCAUUAAAGGCGUGAAAUUAGCAACUUUCACCCAAUUUGGCGCGACAGUUUGUCUUGAAAGUAGCUACUUGUAGCCAAACUUUAAUAAAUACAGUAUGGUAAUAAUUUUAUAAUGAUAUUUGCUACAUUUUGCCAGCACGGCCGUCUUUUUAAUUUGUAUUCCACUCAUCAGAAUUCUUUUUGGGUCGUAUUCCUCGUUCACCCCAAUCGCAACCACAUAGUAACUGACACAGCAGCAAUGAGGCAAGUGUAACAGAAACAUAGCCUUAUAUGGGCCAUAAAUGUACUAAUUUUUAUUGUUAUUUGCCAUUCCAUACUACUUUCAGAAAUUUUGCUUAUUUACAUUGGUGCCAUGUCAACUGCCUUAGUAACUUAUUAAUAUCAGCAGAUUGGUUUAUACUGGCCCUUUCCUGUGAGUGUUUAAACAUGUAGAUCAUGAAAAUUCAUGACUUCUCCUUGGCCAAACUGAUCAACAUUUUUUAAGAUCUAAAAUUUUUCUCUGCCAUGGCAUUCCCAGAUUUGUAAAGUUGAUCCUUGUGUUAUAUGAUAACUGUCAAUACACUAUCACCAACAACAGAAUUUUUGAGCUUUUUCACAUUGCAGGGAGUAGCAUUCCCAGCUAGAUCCCCUCCUAGGUGAAAAGGACCUCACAGUCACUUUUGGUACACUGUCCAUUCCACCAUCAGCAUCUCUUUAUUGAAAAAAAAACAUUGAUUGUCCUUUCUUACAGUAAAUGCCUACCAAAGUCCCAAGUGGUUUUAUUGGUAAUGUUGUGUUCAUUAUUAUGCUGGACAGCCACUCUGAUAGGUCAUUUCCGAGUUCCCUCCGGCCUCAGUAUCAAAAAACGAAGUUAAGUGCUCAGCCUUUGAUAUGGAAAUGAUUAUUCUUUCUCAUGCAAAUAAAACUCAUUUACGCACGAAAGGUUGUGCACUUGGCCUCAUUUUCAAAGUGAGGGUUUUUGGAACUCGGAAGUGGCCUAUUGGUGUGAUUAUUAUUUUAAGUGAUGCUUAAAACAUUUUUGUCCUUUCAGUGAAUGAGUAUGACAUUGUUAAGUUGAAGGAGACUGUGGAGAAUUUGAAGUUGCAGAUAAAUGGUUAGUGUCAGGAUCUUGUUGGAAAAAAUAAGAACGAAUAAGAGAGUUUUUAUAUAUUAAAGCUGAUAUAUGUUACUGCACCCUACGAUCAGAGCCUCCUUUUUUCUUGUUCUUGAUCAGGGAGGAGAAACGGAGGCUCUGGGUGAAUCACACCAAGCAUUUCAAGUCACCGCAGGCCCUAAACUUCUGGACAAGUCAGUCUUGUUUUCUCUCAUCAAACUAGUUUUUUGGAUUGCGAGCAUCUGUUUGUUGAUAAGCUGAUGGUCAUACCUAAGCCUGCACAGCUAUUUGACCUGGGUUUGAAACUGUAUUGUAGCAACAUGCAGCACAAAGAUAUCCUAUUUGAUUCUUGAUAAAAGUCCUCUUAGAGUACACCAAAAUCUAGCAAGUGAAAGGAAGGUUCUGCAGACAUGUUGAUUUUUAACACCAGUUGCUUCCAUAUAAGAAAUGGCAAAAGCAAAAUGGCAAUAUUGUAUCUCCUGGGGGGGGGGGGACUCCCUUAUAUAAGCUAUCUAGGUAUGUGCCGCCCCAUUCGGUAGGGUUUUUGCACGAAUGUGGUCUGAAAACGGGUAUACACUUUGCCCAUUUUGGUCUGGAAUCAGGUAUGGUUUUUGAGGGAACUACGGGAGUGUAUGAACGUCUUUCUUGUUUCAAUUCCAGAUGAGUAAGAAAGAAAGAAAAAAUGUGACUUCGAAAUGGAUUUGAAGAAUUUCAUAAUUUCUGCCUAAAGGCCAGGUCUGAAAACGGGUAUGGAUUUUAGAGGUCUGGUCUGAAAGUGGGUGUUGAAAACUACAUUUUUUGGUCUGAAAUCGGGUCAGGAUUUGGAGAACCGUGUGGCACACCCCCACCAAGAAUUCCCAGGAGUCCCCCCCGGUUGUAUCUUAACCCCUUAUUUUACUUUGUCUCUUUUAUUUUUAUUGACAGAUGUUUCCUCAGAUCUUGUCACCCAUCUACAAGUGAGAGAUGAUCUUCGUUUACAGCAAAAUACCAUGAAAGUUACUGUGGGCAAACUUGUCCAUCUUCAAUCCAACAUCAAAACAUCAAGCGCACAGGAUAGACCCAGGUCUACAAACGCUACUAAACUGCACUGUCCAAAUAAUGUUAUUAUUACAUGA